AGGCUACCCAAGCUGGGAGCUGGGGUGUACUCUCUACGAGAUCCGGAGCCAGCUACCGCUUUUCUGCAUGAUAAUUACCCGCGAUAAGAUUCCGAUGAAAACCGACAGCCAGGCCAGCCAGAACCUAGGGAAGGGGACAGAGCGAGGUAAAGCAAGACAAGCGGCGGGGCACGGGUAGACUUCUACGUGCCCCAGAUCCUCCAUCAAAGAACAAUAACACGGACGGGAAAAUGGAGAUAGAAAGCAAGGAGAGAUCUCAGACAUGAAUGGCAAUCAACAAUGCAGGCAGCCGUCCAAAUCCUAGGAAUCGGCUCCGAGAUUUGAUUACGGACCAGGUCUGCCUUCGGAUAGGUGCUUUGAGGAGAUGGGCCAUGGUACCUGGAAAUGACGGCGAAGCGGGAGUGUCGCGAGAGCUGCCCGAAAGGCGAAGACAUCUCAGACGAUUGCGGCGUUUGUGUGAUUUCCCAUUCUGGUCAUGGCUAGGUGCGAGGUAGGUGGUACCCACGCAAUGGAUGACUCCAGCGUUACUACUCGAGGCAGGCGCGUCUGGAGGCGGCCCGGCUAUCUCCCACGACGGGCCAUGAAAUGUCGGCGUCGGCCAAGCCAAGAGCACACGCGCACCCGGGGCUUGCUGGCAGGUACAGCCGUGUCUUGGGUGCUCCCAUCAUGACCAGACCCCAUCGCCACUGCCACGCUUCACAGGCAAACAACAGCCUAGCUCGGCGGGCCACAUCCAGUCGCCCGGUGAUACAGGCAGACCAGACACUGCCCUCGCCCAGACCAGGUCUUACAGGUGCUCUGCUGCUGCCUUCUUCUUGUUUGUUGUUUGACGAGUACCCGCGUCUACAAGAGCCGACACAUUCUUUGCCCUUGCAGGCGACACCACGGAGCACUCGUUGGACAAGACUAGUGGCAGCAGAAGCCGAAGCCUCGACGGUAUUGCCUCGCCGUUCCCGACCACCUUGUACCGCUUACCUGGAGCUGUCGUCUCUCGCGGUGCUGCAGGACUGCUAGCCUUAUUACCCUCCGGCUCCCUCCAGCCACGGCAUAUCCUUGACACCAACCACGACUGGCUGGAGCAUUGAGGGUCAUCAGCGCGAGUAUUUGAGAUUCCUCUACCCUGAGGCCAUACCAGCCAGCUCACUCACUUGCUCACUCACUCCGCCACCGGCCGACACACCAGGAUGAGUCAUCUCACACGGAGCAUCCUCCUGUCCGCCAUUUACAUCGGCAGCCUGGUUCUCCCGGCGGCGACAAGCCCUCACCAUGCUACCGGCUACGACUAUGGGUUCGACACAGCCCCCUUGGUCAAGCGGCAGGACCCCCAGGAACUGUUCGUGGUGAAGGGAGCAGGCAGGCCAAACAGCACCGUCAUGCCUCUCCGCCCCGAGAUCCGGAAUCUGGAAAAGGACAAAGAGAAGUGGACGCUCUACAUUCUGGGUCUUAGCAUGAUGGCAUUCAAGGACCAGGAUGACCCGCUCUCGUGGUACUCGAUCGCUGGGAUUCACGGCGUCCCCUUCAUGCCCUGGAACGGCGUCAAGCCGGCACCGGGGAGCGAGAACACAGGAUAUUGCACUCACGAGUCUAUCCUCUUCCCCACCUGGCAUCGACCCUACCUUGCCUUGUACGAGCAAAUCCUCUACGACGACAUUCAAAGCAUAGCCUCCUGGUUCAAGGACGACGGCACGAGGAAGCGGUUCCAGGCUGCCGCCGCCGAUUUCCGCAUCCCUUAUUGGGACUGGGCAAGCAACCCGCCUAGCGGCGAGAGCCUGCUACCCCUCUCCGUCGGCGGCAGCCCCUGGAUCGAUGUCGCAGGUCCCAACGGGGUACAGCGCAUCUCGAACCCCCUGUACAUGUACUCGUUCCGCCCGCUCAAUGCGUCGGCCUUCUGGAUGGCGCCGUGGGAUUUCUGGGGCGCGACGCUGAGGUCUCCGAGCAGCAAUACCCCUCAAGCGCUGUCCAACAACACCAAGGUUGCCAUGGCGCUCGACCAGAACCACGCCACGAUACAGCAGCGCGUGUAUGCGCUCUUCUCGAGCUACGGCAACUACUCUGCCUUCAGCAACGAGGCGUGGUACUCCAAGGGCGACAUCAAGCACGACUCGAUCGAGUCGGUCCACGACGCCAUCCACUCGCUCGGGGGGCUAGGCGGGCACAUGACCUACAUACCUUUCUCGUCCUUCGACCCCCUGUUCUGGCUACACCACACCAACCUCGACCGCCUCUUCGCCAUGUGGCAGACCAUCCACCCGGAGUCGUGGAUCACCCCGCAACCUGCGCGGAUGGCGUCGUACACGACGCUGGCCGGCCAGAUGGUGGACUCCAACACAGCUCUCACUCCCUUCUACGCCACCGAUAACGGCCUGUUUUGGGACUCGAACAUGGUCCGGGACCCGACAAUCUUCAACUACAACUACGCCGACACGGUAGGGCAGAUAUUCAAGCUUCUACCGGGGUCACAGCCGCCCGGAGCCUCGGCCCAGGGGCGGGUCAAGGCGGCCAUCAACAAGCUGUACGGGGACUCGAGCCCGGCUCGCCUCAGGUUCUCAGCUCCCCGGAGCAGGAGGGAAGCGGCGCGCCCGCGCGCGGCAACGGUGCCAGCACCAAAAGCCAAUGCCUGGUGGGACUCUGACUCCCCAGACCCGUCACCAGGGACGGUCCUCAGGGGCGGCAAGGCCUACCGCGACUGGGUCAUCAACGUCCGGGCCGAGAAGCAGGCUCUCGGGGGAACCUACUUCAUCCACGUCUUUGGCGGAGACCCGCCGGCCGACGCCGACCUGUGGGUGUCGGCUCAGAACCUCGUCGGCACCCUGAGCAUCUUUGCCUCGCCCGUCAUGGAUGGAGGCCGACAAACUAGCAACCUGGUCUCGGGCACGAUACCCCUGACGUCGUUCCUGACGAGCAGGGUCGUCGCGGGCGAGCUCAGCAGCCUUGAGGUAGCGGCCGCCGAGCCCUAUCUGAGGGGCAAGAUGCGCUACCGCGUCAUUCUCGCCAGCGGCGCUGCCGUAGACCCUUCGGCCGUCGCGGGUCUUUACAUGGGCGUCGCCAGCUCCGAAGUCCAGGCACCGGCUUCCGAGUUCGACUUGCCGAGGUGGGGAGAGCCCAUCCAGCAUUUUGAUCUGAGCUUGAGUGACGGCUAGGGGUUUAGCCUGGAGCGGCUUCCCUGUUGUGGCUGUGGACUGCGUCAUCCCGAAUUUUACUUUCCCCCAUUUUGUUGCUUUUGGUGAGACACCAGAUGAUAUCUAUCUACUGUACUUUGUCAAUGGCCCAGCAACCCCUGGCAGGGGCUUUUCGUAUUUGAUGAUGGUACCUAGCUUUGAAUGGAGGGUUUCAGUUCCGAGUCUUGGUCGGAUCGAAGGGAUGUGUCUGCAGGGAGCCAACAACCUGCGCGGGUACCUGCUGUGCUAGCUUUGCGAGACACUGGGGAGACAGAUGGGUGAUCAUUCUUUCGGGUGCGAGACCUUGAUGGCAUGCCAGAUGGAAGAUAGAUUGUCGAGAAGUAAUAUUGAAGUGUUCUCUCCUGCAGGGUCUUGAGCUAUCUAAACUCAUUCCAGUCCCCACCGAUGCUCUCGGGAAUGACCUUUUCUUUUCUUCGGGAAAAGUUAUCACUACGGCUUGGUGUAUCGUUUCGCCACUACAAGUCUAGCCAUAAUGGAGGGGGCCCAAGACUUGACGCAGGGAGGCAUCAUCAACAAUCCGGGAGGGGUUUAAAACCCUCCAGCCACGCAUCCGCCCACGUCGUCCGUCAGUCAGUCAUUCAUUAUUAAAUAGCUAAAUCCAAACCAUAUAAGUUGUGCGUAUGUACCAAUGUGUCUGAUUCUGACCCCACGACACAAACAUUCCCCGAAAAUGGUAUGACCCUGAUCUAUAAGAUUGUAACGAGUGA